AUGGACCUGACUAAAAAGAAAAGAAAGGUUGUACCAAAGUCACUAUUAGUAAGGGAGGAUUACCUAGGAAUUGGUGAAGCUAUGUUAAGAAAGCAAGGAAAGGUUCUGAUCUCAAAUAAUGAAACCGAGAAGUCCUAUACUGACAAGAUUGAUAACAGACCUGAUAAUGAGAACAAAAAAACUGUUUUGCAAAUCAAAGAUCUGUAUAAAAAGAGAAAAAUGAAUAAAUAUGAGGAAGAAUAG